CGGUAGUUUUGCAAAUUGCCCACGGGUAUGUCCAGAAAGUCGACACACUCUCCUGCCCAGAAUAGACAGUUGACUUUGCCCAUUGGCACUGGCGCUGGCUUUGGCAUUGGCAUUGGCGCCAUUGGCAACAUUGAGACGAAUCGAAAGGUGGCCAACCUCUGCCUCGUGCAAGUUGCAGGACAAGAUAGGAGGGUGUAGUUUCUCGAAGGUUGCUGCUCAAUACUUCUUUGAUCACGUAUUUUGUGUUCUUGUUGGCUGGCUGGCAUGGACGAUUCCUUGUAUGAUGAAUUCGGGAACUACAUUGGUCCGGAGAUCGAGUCGGAUGAUGAGGAGGACCAGGUAGAGCUGGAUGAGGAGACCCAGGAUGGGCGGGGCGGUCGCGAUGGCGUGGUGGAGGACGAUGAGGACGCCUGGAUGGACGAGGCAGAGGCCGGGGCCCGUGACAGGGUCCAAGAUGACGAAGUCGAUAUGGAGGGCGCCGUAGUUUUAGCAGAGGACAAGAAGUACUACCCCACCGCAAUUGAGGUGUAUGGUCCGGAGACGGAGACGCUGGUGAUGGAGGAGGACGCGCAGCCGCUGGAGGUGCCCAUCGUCAAGCCGGUGCGCGAGGUCAAGCUGGAGGUCAAGCACCGCGAGGCGCCGCCCACGCUCGUCUCCACCGAGUUCCUGGUGGGCCUGGCGGGCAACCCCGCGCUGAUCCGCAACGUGGCGCUCGUGGGGCACCUGCACCAUGGCAAGACGUCGCUGAUGGACAUGCUGGUGGAGCAGACGCACCAGAUCCACCACACCGAUAGGAACUUUGAGGCCCCGCUGCGGUACACAGACACGCGCGUGGACGAGCAGGAGCGCGGGAUCAGCCUCAAGGCGGUGCCCAUGUCGCUGGUGCUGGAGACGAGCGCGCGCAAGAGCUACCUCGUCAACGCCAUGGACACGCCCGGCCACGUCAACUUCUCCGACGAGAUGACGGCUGCGCUGCGCCUUGCUGAUGGGGCCGUGCUCGUCGUGGAUGCUGUCGAGGGAGUCAUGUUGAACACGCAGCGCGCGGUGCGGCACGCGCUGGCGGAGCGGGUGCCGGUGGUGCUGGUGAUCAACAAGGUGGACCGCUUGAUCACGGAGCUGAAGCUGCCCCCCGCGGACGCGUACCACAAGCUGCGGCACACCCUGGAGGAGGUCAACGCGCUGUUGCGCACCUACGGCACCGCUGAUGACACCCCCGAGCUGGACCCCGCAGCAGGGAACGUCGUGUUUGCGGCAGCCAAUGCGGGGUGGUCCUUCACGCUGCAGUCGUUUGCGGCGCUUUAUUCAGAACUGCACGGGGUGGACAUGGACACGAACGCAUUUGCCAGCAAGCUGUGGGGCGACGUCUACUACCACCCCACCACGCGCUCAUUCAAGCGGCGCCCGCCAGAGGGCGGUGGGGAGCGCUCGUUCGUGCAGUUCAUCCUGGAGCCGCUGUACAAGCUGUACAGCCAGAUCAUCGGGGAGCACCGCAAGGCCGUGGAGGCCACCCUGGCACAGCUCGGCGUCACCCUCAAGCCUUCUGCGUACAAGCUGAACGUGAAGCCGCUGCUGAAGCUGGCGUGCAGCGCCGUCUUUGGCUCCGCUCACGGGUUCGCCGACAUGCUUGUGCGCCACAUCCCGUCCCCCAAGGAUGGCGCCGCAACCAAGGUAGCGCACACGUACACGGGGCCGCAAACGAGCGCGCUGGCAGAGGCGAUGCGCGCGUGCGAUGCAGGGGGCCCGCUGAUGGUGGCCGUGACGAAGCAGUACCCCAAGGCGGACACGUCGUCGUUCGACGCGUUUGGGCGCGUGAUGAGCGGCACGCUGCAGACGGGCGCGGCGGUGCGCGUGCUGGGGGAGGGGUACACGCCCGAAGACGAGGAGGACAUGACCACCAAGGACGUCACCAAGCUCUGGAUCUACCAGGCCAGGUACCGCGUGGCCGUGGGCUCGGUGCGGGCGGGGCAGUGGGUGCUGAUCGAAGGCGUGGACGCGAGCAUCCGCGGCGCAGCCACGCUGUGCGCGGCGGGCGUGGACGAGGACGUGUACAUUUUCGCGCCGUUGGCGUUCAACACGGUGAGCGUGGUCAAGACGGCGGUGGAGCCGCUGAACCCGAGCGAGCUGCCCAAGAUGGUGGAGGCGCUGCGCAAGAUCAGCAAGAGCUACCCGCUGGCCGUGACGCGCGUGGAGGAGAGCGGCGAGCACACGGUGUGCGGCACGGGCGAGCUCGCGCUGGACAGCAUGCUCAAGGACCUGCGCGAGCUGUACAGCGAGGUGGAGGUCAAGGUCGCCGACCCGGGCGUCGCCUUCUGCGAGACCGCGGUGGAGACGUCUAGCCUCAAGUGCUUUGCGGAGACGCCCAACAAGCGCAACAAGCUGACCAUGAUCGCGGAGCCGCUCGAGGCGGGCCUCGCGGACGACAUCGAGGCCGGCGCCGUGUCGCUCGACUGGCCCAAGCGCAAGGUGGGCGAGUUUUUCCAGAAGAAGUACGACUGGGACCUGCUGGCCGCGCGCGCCGUGUGGGCCUUCGGGCCGGACCGCCAGGGGCCCAACAUCCUGCUGGACGACACGCUCGCGUCCGAGGUCGACAAGGGCCUCCUCUCCGCCGUCAAGGACUCCAUCGUUCAAGGGUUUCAGUGGGGGACGCGGGAGGGCCCCCUGUGCGAUGAGCCAAUCCGCAACGUCAAGUUCAAGAUCAUUGACGCCACCAUCGCCCCCGAGCCGCUGCACCGUGGCGGCGGGCAGGUGAUCCCCACGGCCCGGCGCGUGGCGUACAGCGCGUUCCUGCUGGCCACGCCGCGCCUCAUGGAGCCGGUGUACUAUUGCGAGAUCCAGACGCCCGCCGACUGCAUGCAGGCUAUCUACACGGUCCUGCUGCGCCGCCGUGGCCACGUCACCAAGGACGUGCCCAAGCCAGGCACGCCCUUCUACGUCGUUCAGGCGCUCCUUCCCGUGAUCGAGUCCUUCGGUUUCGAGACAGACCUGCGGUACCACACGCAGGGGCAGGCUUUCUGCCUCUCCGUGUUUGACCAUUGGCAGGUCGUCCCCGGCGACCCCCUCGACAAGUCCAUCGUUCUGCGGCCGCUGGAGCCGGCCCCCGCCAACGCGCUGGCGCGCGAAUUCAUGGUCAAGACCAGGAGGAGGAAGGGCAUGAGCGAGGACGUCAGCAUCAACAAGUUCUUCGACGACCCCAUGCUUCUAGAACUCGCCAAGCAAGAUGCGGACCUGCAGACGAUGCUAUGAGCAUCCCGCAGGUUCUUCAUGCCAGUCGAUACUCCCUGUUAGCUCUGCGUUCAUGCGGAAGCAGUGCUAGCCGUAGGAUGACUGACUAGUGGUCUAGCUGUAUGCAAGAAUACGCAAUAUCAAAGUUCAUAGGAGCACAGGGCUAAGCGGAGAGCAACUGCUUUUCACGUACAGUUGAACUCCCAAACCAGUUCCUGCUGCUCUGUGUCGAGGUUGUACUUGAUUCUCCAUAAUCAAGCAUUGAAAAUGUCAGGCUUAAGGUGCUGGAACGGCUAUGUCUUACAAAUGUUUUUGGUGAUGCUUUUGGCGAGUGAGUGGCGGGGAACCAUUCCGAUCGAGAC